GGACCCAGCGGCAGCGAGACGACAAAGAAGAAGACCAACAUGGCGUCCCUCAACAGUGAUGAGUGGAAGGCAAUCUGCGACAAAUUCACCAACGCCCAAAAUCUGACAGAUGUAGAAUCACGUAACGACCCAGAAAACGACCCGUUCCGCUCCAAAUAUAAGGCCAGGGAGCUGCUCAGAGAGAUAUACUGCUCGCUGAAGAGCUUUGAUGGAGGAGAAGUGGAGGAGGACAGCGGCGGUGAGAGCGCAGAACAGCGGCCGACGGAGCAGCCGGUGGACGGGCAGGAGGAGGACUUGUUCGGACAGGGGUUCUGCGGUGACUCGCCAGCCGGGCUUCGGGCCGCUAAACUCGGGGCCGUGGAGUAUUACCUGGGCGUCAACCACGUCGAUACAGAGGAGCUGUCAGCCGGGCAGGAGCAUCUGAUGAACUGCAUGAAACUGCUGGGGAAAUGCAGAGUGUCGUCCGAGAAUGUGUCGCUGUUCAUCCAUGUCAGGAACCAGCUGGGCAUCCUUUGGGCGGGCCGGGAUGAGACGGAGACGGCUCAGGGUUUCCUUGAAACUGCAGAAUCCAUCUACCAACGUUACAUGAAGGAGGAUGGGAGUCCUCCCACUGACAUGACAGAGUACUUUACUACUGAGGAGAAACUGCUGACUCACCAAGAAAGAACCAAGAAGUUUGAGUUGGCCUACACCCAUACCAUGUAUUACCUUGCUCAGGUUUAUAAAAACCUUGGUCAAACUGAGCGUGCUGCCACCUACUGCCACAGCACCCUGCAGAGACAGCUACAGCUAAAUCAGUUCAGUCCGAUGGAGUGGGCUCUAAACGCUGCCACGCUGUCGCAGUAUUACAUCACCAAGGGCCGAUACAUGGAAGGCAGACAUUGCCUCUCUGCUGCUACUGUCAUAUCAGGUUUGGCAGGGGAGGCUCCCUCUGAAGCUGCAGCUCAGGAAAGUGAGACAGAGAGCGAGCGCAGGGAACAGCUCAGACAGAAGAGAGCAGAGAUCGCACGAUGCUGGAUCAAAUAUUGCGUCAACCUCCUGCAGGACUCCAAGAAGCUGCUGGAGGACAACAUUGGUGAGCUGGAUACUGAUCGUCAGGAUGAGAUGAAGAGAGCGAGAAGACGUGAGGAGGAGGAGGAAGAAAAGGGCAGGAAGAGUGCCAUGCUGUUUGGCUCUGAAGACACUUUUGACUCCAUUGCUAGCUUGGAAGAGAAGGUGCUGUGUUUGCUCCCGUUGGACUUCACUGAGGCCAGAGCUGUAUUUUUGGUGGGACAGAAUUAUGUCACACAGGCCAAGGAGUUCUUUCAGAUGGACGGAUACGUGACAGAUCACAUAGAGAUUCUGCAGGAUCACAGUGCUCUGUUCAGGGCCCUGGCUUUCUUUGAAGAGGACCUGGAGCGCCGCUGCAAAAUGCACAAACGAAGAGUCGACAUGCUGGAGCCAAUCUGCAACGACUUGAACGCCCAGUACUACCUGUUGAUCCGCAGGCAGUUGAUGUUUGAGUUGGCUGAGACCUACAGUGAGAUGAUGGACUUGAAACUGACUCUGGCCAACAGACAAGCAGACACACAGUCUUUAGACAAUCACAGCAUUAAGAAAUUCAACAGUCUCUGCUCCGCCUCUGCCAAGUACUUCCAGAUGUUCCUAGACUCUCUGUGUUCUCCAGAAGGGAAGUUUCCAGAGCACCUGGAGGAGGAGGUUCUCAGACCAGCUCUGGUUGCCCGCUUUAGAGUGGCCCGACUUCACAGCCGACUGAUCGGCUCCUCACCUACUGCUCAGCUAGAAAACCUCAACAGAUCUCUGGAAAACUACAAGUACGUGGUGCAGUAUUGUGAGGCCCAUCCCGAGGCGUCACCCACUGUGGAGACGGAGUUGGAGCUGAGCAAGGAGAUGGUCGGCCUCCUCCCUCUCAAAAUCAACCGCCUCAAAGCAAGGAUGGCCGUAAACAACUGAAAGACACCUAGUUACUCACUGACUAGUUGGUUCACUAAUCCUGUUGAAUCCAUCCCAAUGUAUAACCAGUCUACUCUCCUAACUAUUCAAGAACCUGGGUAACAGAUUGAUUGAUUUUUGUAUUUUGUCUGUACAGUGGGCAUGCUGUUUUCUGAGUAUACAAGCUGUAUAUACUGUAUGUGCUUUUCUCUGUAGUGAACUUUGAGGUCAGUUGACCUUAAAUCAGAUGGCAAAGGAAAUGCACCGAACGAAUAAAAAAAAAAUGCAUCACAUUAUGACGAAAUAACUGAGACUGCCUGGGUUUGCUGUUGGUGUAAUACGGUGUUUAAAGAGUCCCUGUACAAAUUAGUUUAAUUUUAUUUUGGUUCAUUUUUAUUUAUUUGGUUUCAUUUUGAUUUUAUUUCACCAUUGUGUCUUCUCUGAGUCUUCUCUGAUUUGUGUUUUCUGUCGUUUAAUCAUAUUGGUUUUCACUUAAUGUGGCUUUAUUAUUUUAAUAAAGCACUGCAGCACACUAAAAGUAUGUUUUUUCAGCUAUUUGCAUCUCUGAUUGUAAUGGUUUAACAGAUGUCAAAAUCUACUUGAUACUAGGUCUAGUUCAACCUAUGUAUUUUCUUCCUUGUCUCUGAGGAAUCAAAUUGUUGCCCUGUUUUAUGUACAGUAUAUACUAUAAUAAAGAUAUUAAACCCACAA